CUGGUUCUGUGGUGUUUCGUGUUUUCUGGUUGCUGUAAUCAGUACUAAUUAUAUAUAGUUGUAUUUCUUUUCAGUUAUAAUUCCACGAAUCAUAAUUAGUGCAGCACCGUAAAUAACGGUUUUCUUUAACCAUAUCCCACAAUAGCAACAUCAUGUUGGUGUUAGUACUUGGUGAUCUGCACAUUCCUCAUCGCUGCAGUAGCUUACCUCUGAAAUUUAAGAAGCUGCUGUUACCUGGCAGAAUACAACACAUUCUGUGUACCGGCAACCUCUGUACAAAGGAGUCCUAUGAUUAUUUGAAGACUUUAGCCAGCGAUGUCCACGUUGUUAGAGGAGAUUUUGAUGAGAUUUCAACAUAUCCAGAACAAAAAGUUAUUACCGUAGGCCAGUUCCGUAUUGGUCUCAUUCACGGUCAUCAAAUUGUACCAUGGGGUGACGAAGAGUCCCUGGCACUGGUGCAGAGACAGCUAGACGUGGACAUCCUCAUAUCAGGCCACACGCAUCGGUUUGAAGCGUACGAGCAUGAGAACAAGUUUUAUAUCAACCCUGGAUCAGCUACUGGAGCCUUCACACCUCUCUAUCAGGAAACAAUUCCAUCAUUUGUGUUGAUGGACAUCCAAAGUUCGACAGUGGUGACAUAUGUAUACAAACUACUUGGAGAUGAAGUCAAAGUGGAAAGGAUUGAAUAUAAAAAAGCUUAACCAUUAUGUUAUGUUAUAUUAAAAUAGUUAUAAUUAAUUAUUACAUUAUACAAAGAUUUUAAUUUUAUAUAGGAUG